AUGAGGCGUCCACUUCUGCUUGAGAGAAACUCUCUUUUCCAGGCAAUGUUAUUUCAAAUGUACACAACUCAAGAAUCACGAUGGCAUCUUGACAGAUACGAAGCAAAGGAACCCCACCACCAGUUACUACUGGAGCUUGCAAAGCUAGAUUUCAAUAUGGUGCAAGCAGAGCACCAAAAAGAACUGCAAGAACUGUCAAGAGGGUGGACAAGAGCCUAUGAUUUUGUAAGAGUCCAGAUAAUAGAGGUAAUCUGUGGGCGUGGGAUGGCACCUCAUCCUCGUCCAAGUGAAUGCCGGAAAGCUGAUCACAAAAUAUUUUUGGUCUGUUCCAUUAUCGAUGAUGUGUACGAUGUCUACGGCACUUUGGAAGAACUGCAGCUCUUCACCGAUGCUGUUGAAAGAUGGGACAUGAAUGCCAUAAAUACUCUUCCAGACUACAUGAAGUUGUGCUAUUUAGCACUCUACAACGCUGUCAACGACACCACUUACAGCAUCCUUAAAGAAACUGGGCAUGACAACGUUUCCUAUCUAGCAAAAUCUGCGAAGUUAGAUAGGGGUGAAACAAACACACUCAUAACGUCGUACUUGCAUGAGAAUGGGAUGAUUGAGGAAGAACUCGUAGGACUUGAGAAUUGA